AUGGCUGUGAAUAACCAGAAUGGAGGCGUGUUCUUUCUUUAUGGUUACGGCGGUACAGGCAAAACCUAUAUGUGGAGAACAUUAGCUUCUUAUAUAAGAUCAAAGAAACAAAUAUGUUUGACAGUUGCUUCUUCUGGAAUUGCCUCACUAUUACUUCCAGGUGGCCGGACGGCGCAUUCUAAAUUCAAAAUUCCGAUUCCCACGCUUGAAUCUUCCACAUGCGACAUAAACAAAGGGAGCGAUAGAGGUGAUCUACUAAAACUAUCAAAGUUGAUAAUCUGGGAUGAGGCUCCAAUGUGUCAUAAAUUUUGUUUUGAGGCAUUGGAUAAAACUCUGAAGGAUAUCAUGGGUGGAUCCAAAGCAUCAAAUAAAAUAUUUGGAGGUAAGGUAAUAGUCUUCGGCGGUGAUUUCAGGCAAAUUCUUUCGGUUAUUCCAAGAGGCAGCCGCUCAGAUAUAGUUCAUGCUACAAUAAAUUCAUCAUACAUAUGGGAUCACUGCAAGGUUUUGAAACUUACAAAGAACAUGCGACUACAGCAGUCGGCAACAUCCAGCAGUUCUGCAGAGUUAAGACAUUUCUCAGAUUGGAUUUUAACUGUUGGAGAUGGGAAGAUAUCAGAACCAAAUGAUGGUCAAGAGAAAGAGUAUUUAAGCUCGGAUUCAGUUGAUACCACAGACGGUGACGACAAUGAAUCUUUUGAUGUUUUAACUCCUGAAUUUUUGAAUGCCUUGCAAGCUUCCGGUGUCCCCAAUCAUAAAAUCAAAUUGAAGAUCGGUACUCCAAUAAUGCUUCUCAGGAAUAUUGAUCAAGCAGAAGGUCUUUGCAAUGGAACACGUCUCAUUGUUACCAAAUUGGCCGAUCAUGUUAUCGAAGCAAAAAUUAUUUCUGGAAAGAACAUUGGUGGUGUCGUAUACAUUGCACGAAUGGACAUAACUCUGACUCAAUCCCCAUGGCCCUUCCGAAUGACCAGAAGACAGUUUCCUAUAACGGUAUGCUACGCUAUGACAAUUAACAAAUCUCAAGGUCAGUCUUUAGAUUUUGUCGGUAUAUAUUUGCCAAGAAGCGUGUUCAGCCAUGGUCAAUUUUAUGUGGCAGUUUCAAGAGUAAAGAGCAAAAAGGGUCUAAAGAUUUUAAUUCACGACAAAGACAAACAACCAUUGUCGGUGACGACGAAUGUCGUUUUCAAAGAAGUCUUUGAAAAUUUAUAG